GAACUUUUCUGGGGUGAUAUACACAGUAAAGUAUAAACAAAGACACAUGUUGUAGAAGAACUGGACACUAAGAAAAAUGUCAUUUUUAAAGAACCUCGUGCACAACUAUGAGUAUGCAACAACUAAGCUCAAUGACCCUCGUACCACAGACUGGUUUCUUAUGUCAUCGCCAUGGCCAACCAUUGCCAUAGUAGCAGUUUAUUUGAUAUUUGUUUAUGGAGGACAAAAAUGGAUGAAGAAUCGUGCUGCAUACUCCUUGAAAGAUGCUAUGCUGUGCUACAACUUUUGCCUGGUUCUCUUGAAUGCCUACAUCUUUUAUGAGUAUCUUGUGUCUACAUGGUUAAAUCCGAAGUUUUCUAAAUCCUGCCAAGUAAUGGAUUACUCCACUGAAGGUCUUCCACUCAGGCUAGCAAAGGUGUCUUGGUGGUUUUAUUUUUCAAAGAUAAUUGAGUUAAUGGACACAGUAUUUUUUGUUCUGCGUAAGAAGAACAAUCAGAUAUCAUUCCUCCAUGUAUAUCAUCAUUCUACGAUGCCUCUGCUCUGGUGGACAGGUGUUAAAUUCGUACCAGGAGGAGAGUCUUACCAGUGUGCCAGUAUCAACAGUUUUAUCCAUGUCCUGAUGUACACCUAUUAUCUGCUAUCUGCCAUGGGACCUCAGAUGCAGAAAUUCCUCUGGUGGAAGAGAUACAUGACAACAUUUCAACUGAUUCAGUUUUGGUGGAUCCUUGGGCACACACUGCAUGCCAUGUACGUGAACUGUGACUUCCCAAUCGGCUUUGGUUUUGCUCUUCUGGCCUACGAUUUCUCCCACAUUGUGUUGUUUUCUCAUUUCUACUACAACACUUACACCAAGAAAGCUCGAGCAAAAAAGGCCGAGGCUGACGGAAACUUGGCUAAUGGGAAUACUGACAAACAUCUGUCUGAAAAUGGAAGCACCACCACAAGACGCAAAUGAACUGGAUAUUGUUGUAUGUUAUGCAUUGUUUUGCAAAAAAAUUUUGACAGGAACUUUUAAAAUUCCGUCCAAAAAAAGAGUAUUUUGAUGAAGAACUCCAUAAAUUAUUUAUACUCAAAUGUUGAUUAGCAUGAAAUCAUUAAG